GCGCGACACCACGCACUUGCACCGACAUGUCGACAUCUCAUGACCUUGGCAGUGUUAUUCACCAGGCGCUGUGAGACGCUGCGAUACGCGCCACUCCGCCCCGCCGGAGAAAUCGCUGACCACCGCCACGCCACGCCCUCGGUCGUCAGGUGACGCGUCCCCAUAGUAGAUUGUAAUUCACUAAUCAUGCGGCGCGUGGCGCGUGCGGUUGCAGUUGCGGGGCUGCCGGUCAAUGCCCGGACCGUGCUCCGGCCUGCUCCUGCUGGAAUCACAUACACGUACCUCUGGCCCCAUCCCGGAACCGGAGUCACAUUGACGCACUCGAGACAUCUGCAAUUGCCCUAUGGACCGCAGACUCCUGGCCCGCCCGAUGCCGGUCCCGCCGAGAGCAACGACAACAACAACAACAACGACGACGCCGCCUCAAGCAGCCGCUCCCGCUCCCGCUCGGAAAGCUCCAAUGGCGCCCGCUUCGACUGGAAAGAGACCGCCUUCAAAAUGGCUGAAGCUUCCUUGACCACUUUCGCCUCCGUCGCCGUUCUGGGCGCCGUCGGCUAUGGCUAUACUCGCUACUACAAGCAUAUGAUUCUGGAGAAGAUGGAGAAUGCCUUCAACCCUGGAGACCCCGUGCUUGACAUUGCCGCCACGGCCAAGCAAGGCUCCGCCACCGGCGGGCACGUCCUUAUGGAUGAGGAUAAUCAGCGCGAGCAUUGGGUCAUUCGUGAAGAACAGGCCCUCAUUGAUGACAUUGUUGCUGGUAGAGUGCGAGGCCAAUACCAUCUCAUUGUUGGUGAAAAGGGAACGGGGAAAUCGAGCAUGUUGAUUGAUGCCAUGGCCAAAAUCGAUGGCGAAGGCUGCGCCAUGUUCGAUGCUCACGCCAAUCCAGAGAUUUUCCGAAUUCGCCUCGGCAAGGCUCUUGACUUUGAAUUUCACGAGGACAAUAUGGGCUCAUUCUUCUCGAUCCGCGGUCCUCGUGAUGCUGGUGCGCUCCUAGAUGUAGAGCGAGCGUUCAACAAGCUCGAGAAGGUUGCACUCAAGAGACGGCAGAAAGUGGGGAGACCACUGAUUUUGAUUUUCAAUUCCAUGCAUCUAUUGCGAGAUGACGAUGGGGGCAAGGAUUUGCUUGAGUUGAUACAACAGCGAGCGGAGCAAUGGUCAGCUAGUAAUCUCGCAACUGUCAUAUUCAAUUCAGAUGACUAUUGGAUAUAUGAGAGACUCAAGCAAUACGCCACCAGAAUGAACGUCAUUCGCAUCCUCGAUCUAGACAAGCAAAAGGCAUUAGCAGCACUGCGGAACUAUCGCACCAAAUACCGCAACGACCACCCGAGUGAGUCGAUAUUGGAGCAGGUUUAUGACCUGGUUGGAGGGCGAAUGUCGUAUCUGAGUCGAUGUGCAAAGUCCGACGAUAUGGUCAAGACAGCAUUCUCCAUCUGCCGCGCAGAGAAAACCUGGUUCCUCAACCAAUGCUGGAUCCUUGGGACGGAGAUGGAUGACGAUGUAAUGGAUCAACAGAAGUUUGCAUCUGCUGCCAUGGUUCUAGCCAAGGCGAUGGUUGAUCUGGAAAAACAAAUGGAGCACCGAUAUCAUCCCGAGCAAGGGCAUAUCCUGCCCGAAAUCCCCCUACACAAGGCAAGAGAGAUCAUGACUCGAGCAGACUUCAUACAGAGCUACGAUGCCAUCAACAUCUUUGCAAUUGACAGCAAUGCAAACGUGAGGCCGGACUCGGUGCCCAUGAUGAACGCCUUUCGUGAGAUCUGCGCAGAGGAAGGGUUUGACGACUUUCUACAAGCCACCCUUGACCGCAUUGGAGACAUUGAGUCGCUUGGACGUACCAGAGAGCUGACUAUCAAGGACCUGUGGGAAGGGGGCAAGUACAACAUCAAAAUGCAAUCUGGCGGCAUCACUUUCGAAUGUGAAAAGCCGGAAGAGGAUGAAGAGGGUGAAGCGAAGAACGAUGAUGGCGAUGUGAAGACAUAUAAAGCAGCUCAGCAGGUGAUUACCACAGCCUAUCUGAAGUACCAGGAAGAGAAGGAGGGAAAGUAAAUCAGAAGUCAGGGACACUCUGACAAGUGUAUAACUUAUGUAUAUAUACUGGUAGCGCUAGCGCAGCCAUCAACAAAAGAUAAACUCGAC